AUGUUUGCAACCACCAGAGCACAUACAAAACAUGGACUUACCAGUCUGCUGAAACGCUUCAAUUCGAAAUACACGCCACCGAUUAGUUCAUUCUCCUACAUUCACGAUGAUGCACUUUCUGAUAUCAAGAAAGAAGAGAUUGCAAAGCACAUGCAAGAUCUUGGACCAUUCCCAAACUACUCCAACAUUUUGAAUCCCCAGCACUUUUAUCAAAAUACCGUUUUACUAGACUAUUCCAAAAAACACCCUCAUCCGGUUUCAUUACGGCAGUUGGCUGGUUAUGGCAAUACAUUGACCAAACAAAAAAUCAUCAACAGCGCCAAUUUCGUUCGAGUAGAGCUUCCUAUAAGAUUAGCCAUGAGAAUUCGUGACUUACAAGUGCUUCCUUUCGGAGUGGUGAACAAUUUCCACAUGGCACAAAUAUAUGAAAGCUACUACCACCUGUUCAACGCUUUCCGAAAGAUUGGAAAAAUCAACACAGUCGAGGAGAAUGAAAAGUUUUGUGCCAUAUUAUCGACCCUAUUGGAUGAUCAUACCUUCAACUUACCCCAUUUGAUGAUGGGGGCAUUGGAGGUAUCUAUUGCCGAAAGCUUGUCGCAGGAGAAAUUGGAUUCAUUCAUGAGCAGCAUGUUGAGGUCACGUUUGAGCAGACGACUCAUUGUCGAAGAGCACUUGUCAUUGAGUGAAAAUUAUCGCAAGCAGCCCUACGCUAGAAAGCCACCGCAUUAUCUUGGAGAAAUAUUCCAAACUUGUAAAGCUGUUGAUCAUUUCAAUGAAGUUGCAGAAAAGGUUAAGAAUUUGUUGUGCCAUCAAUACCCACGCGCAAAGGAAUUACCAAAGUUGCAAAUAGACGGUGAUUUGGACUGUGAGUUCCAGUUUAUGGUGCCUCACUUGCAUUAUAUGUUACAUGAGAUACUACGCAACUCUUUUGAAGCAACGCUAAAAACCACAAAAGAGGAGACACUAUUACCUCUUGUUAAAAUCACCAUCGUUGACCUGAAACAUGAUGUAAUUUUCAGGAUAUCAGACCAAGGAGGAGGACUUCAACAUGACCAAUUGAAACUGAUUUGGUCAUUUGGCAAGUCUCCUGAAUUGGCGAGAAAGAGUUUGGCCACUUUUCAUCGUAUACCAGGGUUGCAAUUGCAUUCCAACUUGCAGUUUUCUGCGUCAGGAUCCUCGGUUGUGAGGCCAAAGGAGACGACGAGCUCUAACGACGACGAUGAAGUGGGCUGGGCAUCUAGAAACAAAAAAUCAACUUUAGAGGAUCUUAUGGCGAGACCACACGAAUACAAGUUGGGCAUGGGGUUGCCAAUGUGUUCUGUUUAUGCUGAUUACUGGAAUGGAUCUCUACAGAUGAACUCCUUGGAGGGUUAUGGCUGUGACACUUCCUUAACUUUAAAGAAAUUGGGGUACCAUAGUAACAUCAUACAACUUGACAGGGCAUAG